GUUUGUCCAUCCGAAGUGUUUGUUGGAAAGGAGACAGACUUUUAGCGGGGACACAGGACAGUGAAAUAUUUGAGGUGAUAGUGAGAGAAAGAGAGAAACCAAUGCUGAUAAUGCAGGGUCAUUGUGAAGGGGAGCUCUGGGCCCUGGCAGUCCAUCCAAAGAAGCCUUUAGCUGUCACAGGCAGUGAUGAUCGAUCCGUACGAUUAUGGAGCCUUGCUGAUCAUGCCUUGAUUGCUCGCUGUAAUAUGGAAGAAGCUGUGCGCAGUGUAUCUUUCGGUCCUGAUGGAUCUCAGCUAGCUCUUGGAAUGAAAGAUGGCUCCUUCAUUGUUCUCAGAGUAAGAGAUAUGACAGAGGUAGUUCAUAUUAAAGACCGAAAGGAAGUAAUUCAUGAAAUGAAAUUUUCACCAGAUGGCUCUUAUCUUGCUGUGGGUUCUAAUGAUGGCCUCGUGGAUAUCUAUGCAGUUGCUCAACGAUACAAGAAGAUAGGAGAAUGCAGCAAGUCCUCUAGUUUUGUUACUCAUAUUGACUGGUCUGUGGAUAGUAAAUUCUUGCAAACCAAUGAUGGUGCAGGAGAGCGACUGUUCUACAAAAUGCCAU